CUCCCAGCCGUGUCCUGUACUUCUCGACGCUCUUUGUGUUUAAUAUGAUCAGACGGAGAAACGAAACACACCGAGCGACGGUUGUCAGGUGCCUGGAUCCACAGCGACGUCGGUGUACACCGUUUUACCAUCCAUAUCACCACAUUAAACGUUUAAACGGCAUCUUCACUGCUAUGGUAUAUCCGGUGGGCGUGUCUCCUUCGGUGUGUUCGACAGCUUGAAAGGAUGGGCUACAGCGAGGAAUAAACCUGAGGAAAAAAGCCAGGCCACGCCCCCCACAUCCUAACGGAGGCCACCGUGAUGCUGAACCCGUCCUGAACCGCAGGAACGAACUCCCUCGCCAUGGGCUCCGUGUUCCUUUGGAAGCUCUCAUCCCAAAAGCUGGGUUUUUUCCUGGUGAGUUUCGGCUUCAUAUGGGGGAUGAUGCUGCUCCAUUUCACCAUCCAGCAGAGGGCAACGCACGAGAGCAGCACGCAGCUGCGGUUGCAGAUAUUGGACCUGAGCAAGCGAUACAUCAAGGCUCUCGCUGAGGAGAAUCAAAGCGUGAUGGACGGGCCGUACGUGGGCACCAUGACGGCGUACGAUCUAAAGAAGACUUUGGCUGUUCUAUUGGAUAAUAUAAUGCUGAGAUUAUCAAAGCUGGAGACAAAAGUGGACAACAUCAUCUACAACGGGACCAGCAGCAACCUGACCAAUGGAACCACGACCCCCGGACCCAAUCCCGUCAACCCUGAGAAAGUCAACGUGGCAGACUUACUAAACGGAGCGCAGGAGAAAUGCGAACUCCCCUCGCUCGACGGUUUCCCGCAUUGCGAGGGCAAAGUGAAAUGGAUGAAGGACAUGUGGCGUUCGGACCCCUGUUACUCAAACUACGGAGUCGAUGGAUCCACCUGUUCCUUCUUUAUUUACCUGAGCGAGGUGGAAAACUGGUGCCCUCAUUUGCCGUGGAGGAUCAAGAACAACGGCGACGAAGCUGACAGGAAUUUACAGACCGAGAUCCGCACGAGUUUAGAGGAGCUGUACCGCGUGAUGUCGCGGCGCGAGGAGUUCCGCUGGAUGAUGCUGCGGAUCAAGCGCAUGGAGGAGCCGUGGGUGAGCGCCGUCAGCUCCCUCGCCCUCAAACAGAACCUCGCCAAACGCCAACGCAAAAAGGUCCUGGUGCACCUGGGUCUCCUGACUAAGGAGUCGGGUUUUAAGAUAGCAGAGAACGCGUUCAGCGGCGGUCCUCUCGGGGAACUGGUUCAGUGGAGUGACCUCAUCACCACGCUGUACCUGCUCGGUCACGACAUCCGCAUCUCCGCAUCUCUCGCCGAGCUGAAAGAGAUCAUGAAGAAAGUCAUGGGCAACAAGUCCAGUUGCCCCACCAAGGGCGAUAAAGUUGUAGAGCUCAUCUACAUAGACAUUGUCGGUUUGGCUCAGUUCAAGAAGACACUGGGACCGUCCUGGGUCCAUUAUCAGUGCAUGCUGAGGGUGUUGGACUCCUUCGGGACAGAACCGGAGUUUAACCACGCACACUAUGCCCAGUCGAAAGGCCACAAGACUCCGUGGGGCAAGUGGAACCUGAACCCCCAGCAGUUCAACACCAUGUUCCCUCACACUCCAGAUAACAGCUUCCUGGGCUUCGUCGUGGAGCAGCACCUCAACGCCAGCGACGUCAGGCACAUCGACGACAUCAAGCGCCAGAACCAGUCGCUCGUCUACGGCAAGGUGGACAACUUCUGGAAGGACAAAAAGACGUACCUGGACAUUAUUCAUUCCUACAUGGAAGUGCACGGUACGGUCCACGGGACCAGCACGGUCCACCUGCCGGAUUACGUGAAGAACCACGGCAUCCUCAGCGGCCGUGACCUCCAGUUCCUCCUGCGGGAGACCAAGCUGUUUGUCGGACUGUCCUUCCCAUACGAAGGACCCGCCCCCCUUGAGGCCAUAGCCAAUGGCUGCGCUUUCUUGAAUCCAAGGUUCGAGCCUCCGAAAAGCAGCAAAAACACAGAUUUCUUUAAGGGCAAACCCACGCUUAGAGAGCUGACCUCCCAGCACCCGUACGCAGAGGUCUACAUCGGACGGCCGCACGUCUGGACCGUCGACAUAGACGAUCCCGAAGAAGUGCAGAACGCUAUCAAAGCAAUCCUCAGUCAGAAGAAUGAGCCCUAUUUACCCUACGAGUUCACUUGUGAGGGCAUGUUACAGCGAGUCAACGCUUUCAUAGAGAACCAGGAUUUCUGUCACGGUCAGGUCAUGUGGCCUCCCCUGAGCGCCAUGCAGGUGAAAUUCGCCCCGGCAGGUAAAUCCUGUAAACAGGUGUGUCAGGAGCAGCAGAUGAUCUGUGAACCCUCCUUCUUCCAGCACCUCAAUAAAGACAGAGAUCUGGCCAGGUAUGGCGUCAAAUGCAAGACGGUGGACUCUGCCAGCGACAACAACGUCCCCGCGUUCGGCGCGUCGGAGCAACAUUGCGUGUUUCAGUCCGACCUGCUGCUGUUCAGCUGCGCCGGCUCUCACUCGGCGCUCACCCGCGUCUGCCCUUGCAGAGACUACAUGAAAGGACAGGUGGCGCUGUGCAAGGACUGCUUGUAACACACACGCUCCACACGGUCUGUGCCACAAACCAGGCAGUGUUCCGUACAAAUACUCGCCGUUAAGACUUGAGACACCUCUAGAUGAACCGCCGCAGUGGCAGCUCUCGGUUAAGAUAAUCCAUCUUACCGAAACGAAAGAAAGGAAGAGGAGAGAAGAUUUGUUUUUGGUGCAAACUCGAAUCUGUUUCAGCCUGACAUACUUGAAGCAGAGUGUGGGAACACUGCCCCCUGCUGGCGUGGAGGAAACACUGUAAUUUUAUCUCUUUCAAAAUCACCCGGCUCUGGAAAGCAGAUUUUCAGCUUCUUAAAAACUGAAGACUUGUUUGUUUGUGAGUUGUGGGAAAAUGGACUUAAUGAAAAAGUUCCCUGGUUAUACACUGUAACUGUUUAUGUACCGGCUCUGUGAAACAACGCGCUUACGUGUAAAUAACAGAAACACAAAAUUCAGUUUUAUUCUGCAUGGUACAAAGUAGAUUUACACGCACACGUCAAAUGUGUGUUUUUGUAUUAAAGAUCUGCCAGUUGUCAAACCGCACAGACAGUAAAUACUGCAGUACCGCACCAGUUUACUGCCAGUUCAACACAGACGUCACAAACCAGCCAGUAUAAAUUACCAACACAAACCAGUUUAUCAAACUAAUCGUGAAGAAUGCUUUGAGGUGAACUGGACACUUUUUGUCUUUAAAAAAUGGCCAGAAUUACCUGAAUUCGCUCUAGGUGUGAAAAAGGUUAUUCCUAUUGACUUAAUAGCAAACGUAUAUCGGUUUCUAUAAGAUUUCUCUUAGUUUGUAUAACAAAAAUGUUGUGUACAUACCUACGGUAAAAGUAUGUUUUGUUUUUCAGAUCGGCCUUCUGGUUUUAUUUAGUUUUUUUAUUGGUUUUAGAUUCCAGAAGGACUGUAUUCUUGAAUAUGCCUGCUUAUUAUCGAAGAAAAACAUCGAAAUGACUUGUUUUGGAAUGAAAAUGCACUAUAGUGAAUUUCCUAAAGAUCUGACGUCAGAUAACACUGUAAAAGUUUGUUUUUUAAUUUAUUUUGUACACAGAUCUUUUAUCUCUGCUUGUUGAAUUUUAUUUUAUUUAUAGAAAACAAAUUCUUAAAAGAGGGAAAUAUUAUUUAUCAGACUAAUUUAAACGUGUUUUAAAUGCGUAUGUUUGUCCAGAGCGAUUUCUGUGUGAAGACAAAAAACUAGUCGUACGAUUCUAAAAAAAAAAAACAGAAUUAUUUUGUAAGUUUUGGCAAAGUUUUCUUUGUAGUUAAAUCUUAACUAUAAACCUAAAGAAAAAUCACCUACGUAUACGUACUAUAACAUAUCAAUUUCCUUAAAAGCUCUGGACAAACAACUGCAAACACAAUUGUAAUUUUUAAUUUCGAAAAGCCAGCAAAAACCUCAUUUGAUGUUUUUAUUCAGUGUAUGAUUUCUGUAAACAUUUGCACAUUUGUAAAUAUAGAUGGUUCCCUUCUAGUUUUCCACUCUAACUUAUAUGAAAGUUUUAUGGUCCUUUCCGCUCUUCGUCAAGAUCUGUACGUUUGUACGUGAAAUGAUGAUGGUCUUCAGCCAAGCUGUUGUUUAAAGUCCUGUCAUGACGUGCCUUCUGAUGGUUACUAGAGCUGACUCUGGUUUGUGUUUUUCUUUAUUCAAAUCAAACGCGUUGAAGGUGGAACGCUAGCUAGCUACAAACCGAAAUAGUAGUUCGCUAUAGUUGAAAUAGAGUCGCUGAAGUUCUUGCCGUUUAACGUAAAAUUGUGUUGCCAAAAGGUCGAUGGAUGUUGACACAAAAUCACAUAAUCAGACAACUAGUCUAGAAUGGUUACAUUCAGUUUACACUUUUACAGAGUGAAAGAUGCCACAAUGUUGAAAAUGUUUGCGGUUGUAAGACAGGUUUUAGUGAUUUUUAAGAUGUAAGGUUUAAUAAAACUGUGGCCAGUAAUUCUUACCUGAUAACUAUUAUUUUCGUUUGGUAGAAUUGGAACGAAACUCAAAUUUUGGAUUGACUUUAAUUUCAUUCUUUUUUUAUUUUUUGAUAACUAUUGUUUUUUUUUCUUUCAUGUUAUCAAUGGUUAGUUUUAUACUAAAAUGCUUUCACACAUCAGUAAACUAGUUAUAUUUUUUUAGGAAUGUUUUAUUUUGUCGACAUCCACAACAAAGGUAAUUUUGAAAGAAGAAAAUAAACCCAGUUUUUUUGUUUUCAUUUAUGUCGAAGAAUCAGUAGGAUAUAUCUUUAUUUUUCAAAUAAACCUUUUCUGUGACAACAGACAUCUCUGUGUAAAUAUACAUGUGUACUUCACAGCAAUACAGUUUAUUAUAUACAUUCAUGUAUCACGUGACAUUCUGGUAACCCACGGCGACCCGGCGUGGAUCGAAUUUUACUCUUCUUCUUGUGAAUUCAGUCUUUAUCCAAACAUCAGCCCCAAUCUCAUCCUUUCCAAGUCCUCGUCACACAUCUACAUGUGGUUGAACAAACUGUACAAACGAAAACUCCCAUUUAAAGGGGCUGCGUGUGCUUGAGCUAGUUUCUCUAACACAACCUCAAGAUAUUUAACAUGUCAAUAAUGCAACAGAACAGUAAAUCCAACCACCCCGCGAAAUACCACAUACCCAAAUAUUAAGACAAACCAUUCGCUUACAGCAAAAAUGUAUGUCCAUCUGCUCCACACGUUAUGUUUGCUACAUAAAACGCUCGGAAACUUGGCUUUUCCCUAAUAAACAUUGAAAUAGCAAAAUGUCAUGGCAAAAUGACAACAGUCUAUGUAAUACUUAUAGAACGUAUAACUUCACAUCAUGAAGGGUCAAGUUUUAAGGCUUUUGUUAAUGUACAAGUAACGCAUUUGUGUGGCCACCUAAUAAUUCACUACAGGCUUCGACAAAAGCUGUCGGCAAGACUGGAUCAUCGUAUAACGCAGGGACUGUACAGAACUUUGUUUUAAUAGUGUGUGAAAGAUUACGUUUGUUAUGUCUUUGUGUUAACCAAAAAAGAUUCUUUUAAGAAAAGUACAUUUUUGAUUGUAGAUAUAGAUUGUGUAUUUAGACUAGCAAUGUCCAAGUCCUGCAAUGUUAAAAAUUUGUCGUUAAAAUAGAUAUGAAAAUGCCCUGUUUAUCUAAUGAUAAUAAAGUCCAUGUUGACAAUUAUAUGGCACAUUUUAACAGGAGAAAAUGAACAAAAAAUGAACUCAUUUAAACAUUUUUCAAAGAAACGCUUUUUCCGCAGUGUAACGUAAUUACGACAUUGUGAAUUGUAUUGUUUGUGUAAAACCUAUAUCUUUUUCAAUUAGAUUUUAACAUUGAAAGUUUUCGGUUUUCAUGUAAAAAAUGACAGAAAAUUCACUUUUUUUACUUGUACACAACAUGUGCAUGCUUAAAUAAAUAGAAACUUAAAAAUUUGUAAACAGAUUCGACGAAAACAACAACGUGUUAACCUGAUAAGCCUCUAUCCCCAUAACCUGAAUCUGAAGAUCUAUAUCACAAGCUGAACAAAUCAUACCUACACUAAAAUGCACUCAGGCAAUUGCGAUUACCCAUAAUUCCUCUCAAAUAGUUUGCCUUCAAAUUGUUUGCCACAUUGGUCUUUCACAGACCGAGAAGCUCAUUAGUGGAGAGCACAAACAACAUAACAA